AUGGGUGAAGAGCAACAGCUCUUCUUGAUCGAAUUCCUAGUCGAGAAGGUUAAGAUUCCUGUAAUUAGAGCAAUGCAGGACGAGUUACUACCAGCCUGCACCUGCGUAUCUUUCCAAAUUCUAAGCUUGCCACCUGUCGAUAUUUGCCAAGAAGCUUUGACCGACGGUUGCGGUUGCGAGGAGGGUGACACACAGAUCUUCAAGAAAGGCAAAUCCUGUUUGUUCGCUCUGCCAUCGAUCGUACUCCAAAGGCCAGUAACCUCGUUCCCGGUGAAGUUAUCCGUCUACAAGAAACUACCUCCCGGAGUACUACCGGACGUGAUGCUGGUCGGUUGUCACCAGAUCGAAGCCAAAGCCUUGAUAAACGCCGUGUUGAGCCAGAAGGUUUUCAAGAUCGCGAAUCCUUGCCAGACGAUCAAGGACACGUUCAAAAUUACUACAGUGACGGGUCAAUGUGUUGGCUCGGUUACGGUCUACAUAAGGGUGUCUUGUUUCGGAAAUAAAAUCAUCACCCAGUUUCAAGUGCCUCACAAUAGGAAACCCUACCUCUUCAAAGGCACCGAAGAUAGCCCUGUUUUUCAAUGCAAGAAGAUACCCUCUUCUUGCGAUACACCGGCUCCGUUGAAGUGUACCUGCACGAAGAAAUGUAUUGACGGAAGUGGCGAGUCUGCUGGAAAAACUUGUUGUCAGACACCUCUUGUUGUGGCACCACCUUGUCCGCCUUUACCUGACAAGUUAAGCGACUGGGGACCACGACCUUGCUGUUCCAGUCGACAACCUUCUGCUGGCACACAAGGAGCAAGUUGUCCAUGCUCUUCCAAGUCGCCUCAGAAGAGUCAAGAGGAUAAAAGAUCUCUGUUAGGCGGAUUACGCAGCACUCAGCAGAGUGAUAGAAAAUGCGAUCCUUGUUGCGGUGCGCAACCGGUGCAAAAAGAUGUGUGUCCACCAUGUUGCACUGCAUCCUCGAAAGGACCCAAAGGACUCAGUGAUUUAUUCAGUGAGCCGGCUACGAAAAAGUGUGGAUGCCCUGUGAAGGAGUACAGUUGCACCUGUGGAAAGUGAAAAGAUUCUUCUUUCUUGAAAAACCAGAAUUCCUAUAUCAGUGACAGUUAACCAAACAUGUUUCAACAUGGAACAUGGAACAUUUUAACAUGGAAGCAAAUUUUUCGUGAAUAUGGACAAUAGACUUGAUCACUUAUCCGGCCGAUGUACUUAUUAAACUCUUCGCUGAAGACGUGCUGAUAACAGGAGGCGAUAUUAACGUGGUAUUCGAUCCGAGUAACAAUGCAAGAAGAGCGUUAACAUCGUCGAAAACGAGACUUUCCCGCGAUUGAAACGACCGGAAGAUGUAAUUAAGCUGGGAGAGUA